GCAGAACAUUCAAGAAGAUUCUGAUCAGAAACACUUCAGACCAUAGUUUGUGAAAAAACCUAGAGCUACUGAGUGAGUUUUUUGUUUCUGCCAGAAGGCCGCUGAGUGUUUUCUCUAUAUAUGUUUUCAAGCAAAUCUAAAGAUCAUUUCAAUGAUUGAUCUGAUGAUUCUCUGUGAUUCCGGCAAACAUCUGAUCAAUUGAGAUUUGCGUCACAGGAUGGAGAUUGUUGGAACAUCAACUGAGCAGAUUAAAAGGAAUGAUCAUGUUUCGCUUGACAUUGACAAAUUAACAGCGUCUGUGCAAGAGGAGUUGAAAACCUUGCAUGCCUUCUCUAAUACGUGUUCCAUCUACAGAGUUCCUAAAAGACUACGCGACUCGAAGGAAUAUGCCUACAAGCCUCAACUAGUCUCCAUUGGGCCCAUUCACCAUGGAAAAGAAGAGCUGAAAGAAAUGGAAGCGCAUAAAAAAAUAUACCUGCAAGAGUUUCUUAAUCUGAGUGAGUUAAGUGUCAAGGAAUGUAUUGCAGCUGUUGCAGAGAAGGAGACAAGUUUGCGCAACUGUUAUGCAGAUAAUUUUGAAAAUAUUAGUACAGAGGACUUUGUGAAAAUGAUGUUGCUAGAUAGCUCCUUCAUCAUUAUGGUCUUCCUGAAACAGCUUGGCCCUUGCUUCCGAAUAAACAACGACCGUAUAUUCGAUAAAUCGUGGAUGAUAGAAGACAUAAAGAUGGACACGUGCUUGCUUGAAAAUCAGAUUCCGUUCUUCAUUCUUGACGACUUGGUUAAGCUUUCCAAAAGACAGGGCGGAUGUUCCAUGAUUGAGCUUACUCGUGAUUUCUUAUCAAGCACAUUUGGGGAUUCAUGGGUGCCAAAGGACAUUUUGAAGCAAAUCAAAUCCUCUGAAGUAGAGCAUUUUGUUGACUUUCUAAGAAAGUGUCAGCGGCCAGCAGAGCGGACAAAGCCACAGCCUCAGCCUCUUGAAACUCGAACCACACCGAGUGCAAUGGAGCUCCAUCAUUCUGGAGUCAAGUUUAAGUUGGGGUCCAAGGAAAAAAUAUUUGACAUGAACUUUGAUUAUCAUAAAGGGAUACUGGAAAUACCACCACUAUUUUUAGAGGAUGAUACAGAGAAGUUAUUUAGAAACCUCCACGCCUUUGAGCAAUGCCAUAGCAGAGUUGGAUACGUAAGUGACUAUAUAGCUACCAUCAAAGACCUUGUUCGUGGUUCCAAUGAUGUAGAAAUACUUGCUAAGAAAGGAAUUAUACAUAAUUGGCUCAGUGAUAAUGAUGCAGUUAUGAGUGUUCUCCAUGAUCUUGACAGAGGAAAUAAGGUCUCCCUUGACAAUUUUUACUAUACGGAUGUCGUUGAAGAUCUGAACAAGUACUGCAGAAAGCGGAGGCACAAAUGGAUUGCGGCCUUGAAACAUAAUUAUUUCCAUAAUCCAUGGGUUUCCAUCUCUGUUGUUGCAGCUGGGGUUCUUCUAAUACUCACUGUCAUACAAGCAGUGUGUUCUGUCAUUCAAGUGAAAUAGGUUCUACCCUUUCGAUCGUGUCCUACAAAUUAAAGUGUGUUCUGUUUGCGUUUCCUGUGAGAUUGCUAUAAUGUACUUCAUUAAAUGAUCUGUGCUAGUUUCUUCCA